AUGUUUCGCAUAGUUUCUCCACGUCGUAUUUCGCCUCAACGUUCUUUGGCAGGGCUACGCAGCCUGCACUCGUUCAGUAAUAAUGUCAAACAUCGUCUCAAGGCUCCUCAACUACAAUCAUAUCCAGAACAGAGGCCCGUGACCCUGCACUUUCCGAACACUGGGAGAGUCUCAAAGUCGUUUUUUUCCAGUACUCCACUUAACUUAAUCAAAAUCGAGAAGAGAUCAAAGAUCGAGGCAGAGAGAGAGAAUGCCUUACAGCAAAAAUUGGAAUCCAAUCCCGAGAAAGUCACAACCACGAGUAGCAUGACCCCUAUAUUCGAUCCUAAGCCCCGAAAUACAGAAGCGCAUAACGAAUCAGGAGAUGAGCUGGAUAUGCUUCGCGGAUUGAAAUCCGACCUUAGGACAGUCAAGGAAACAUUUCAAUUAAGUGAGGUGCCAAAGGAGGUUCUAUACAUCGGUUUUGGCGGCUUAGUCCCAUAUCUCGGAACAUCUCUAUCAACGCUUUACCUUGCAUGGGAUAUAAACUAUUCGCAGGAAAACGGCAUGGGAUAUUUAAUCAGCGAAGAAACGGCGGGGCACCUUCUCCAUAUUUUGGAACCAUUACAAGUUGGACUAGGUGCCGUUAUUUUAUCGUUUUUGGGCGCUGUUCAUUGGGGAUUAGAGAUGGCGGAGUAUGGCGGCAAACACUCUUAUAAACGUUAUUCGCUGAGUAUUCUAGCGCCAGUAAUUGCUUGGCCAACGUUGUUACUGCCUGUCAAUAUAGCAUUGAUUGCACAGUUCGUUGGCUUCACCGGGAUGUAUUUCGCAGAUUCGACAGCAACAAGUAAAGGAUGGGCACCAAGGUGGUACAUGACCUAUAGAUUCUUAUUAACAUUCGUUGUGGGUGCAUCAAUCGUGAUGACCUUGGUUGGGCGUGGUCAAAUCGGGGAUAGAGUCUCAAAACUUCCAGGUCCAGCGGCCUAUCUUCAAGACCUGCGUGAUUCCCAAUGGGAAAAUCUGCAAAAGGAAGAAAACGAACGUAAAAUGAGAGUUACAAGAGAGAAAAUAGAAGAGGCGGAGGCGCAGAAAGAGCAGGACGCCGCCGAUGAGGAAGAAAAUGACGCCAACGGGAACGACAAAAGUAAUAAAGACGAUAAAGACGAUAAAGACAACAAAGACGGCGAUGACGGCGAUGAUAAUUCGAAGAAGGAAACCAGAAAUGAUACCAAGAAAGGAUCUAGAAAAGAGCAAAGGAGUGAAGGAAAAAGUAAAGACAAAAAGGCGGGGGAUGAGGAAUCCUAG